AUGGCAAAAGUUAGCGACUCUUGUUGUGUCUUAGACGCGACCUUUAUAUCUGAUUGUUGCCAAUUUAAAGCCUGCCCAAAGCAUUAUCUUUCUGAUGAAGCUCAAGGGUAUAAGCUAAAACGAAUAAAUCUCCCAAUCAAUGUCGAAUCCAAAGAGAUCUUAUGCGAUUUUAUGGUCACAUUAAAGAAGGAAUUAAAGUCCCAAAUUGAUAUUUUAAUGAACGAAAACUCAAAAACCGAGGAUUAUGAAAAAUAUAAGGAAAAACUAAGCUUAGUAAGCCAGGCUUUGCAUGAAUGCAGUCGCAUAUACAUGCUUUUGAUUAAAAAACAAUGUGUUGAGAUAAAACUCAUUUUAAGUCCUUUUGAAUAUUUUUUAACUCAGCCAAAGGAAAAAGCCUUACAAUACACAAAGCACCAUUGAGACCGGAAUAAUUUAUUAGAAUUUUGCCGAUCAAUUAAAGCACAUGGGUUUGAUUUUAAUUAUAUGAAAUUUGAAGUUCAAGGACUUAUUCAUGGUGGGGCUUUUAAUUCCACUCCCAAUCAGCCCGAUCGUCUAUCAGAUUUCUAUUAUGAAAGGCUUUUGGGACUUAUUUAUAAUUUUAAAUAUGAAAAGGCAUAUGAGUUAUGUCAAAGUCUCAAAGAUUAUAAUGAAUUUUAUAUCAACUCUUCAUCUCAAACCAUUAAAGAUCUUUUAGAUUUAUUUGGUAAAAUCCUUGAAAAAAUUAUAAAGAAAGAAGGCUAUUCUCAGCUUGAAGAACAAUGAAAACAAUUAGCUGCGAAUGCAUUUCAAACAUUAUCAAUGAAAAAUCCAGCUUAUAAUUCAUCAGAAAAUUUAGGUGAUAAUUCAUUUUCGGUGUAUCUAGCUUUGAAUCAAGCAUUUUUUAAGAUAUCUAUAGAUAGUAAUGUUUCUGAGCAUUACCUUCAAAAUUUAUGUGGUGUAGAAUGGAUUUCUCAAUAUCUCCCUGAAAAUAUUGGAAAUUUAUAUAUCUGACUGAUAGGAACCCUCUAUUAUGGCAAUAAAAACUAUAGCAAAUCAAUAGAAUAUUUUAAUAAAUCGAUUAAAUAUCAUAUAGAGCGCCUACAACAAGCCUGCUUGCAGAAUAAGGUGGAUAUCUGAGAUGAGUCCUUAGCAUCUUUGAUUGAAAACUAUAUUUAUCUGGCAAAAGCACAUAGUGCCCUAAAAAAUAAUAAAGAGAUUAUAGAGAUUCUAAAUCUAGUUGAAUUUCAAUGUUCAGAAACUACAGAUAAAUAUAUAUACCUUGCAGCGGUUGGAGAGAUUUAUUACCUUCUCAAUGAUUUUGAUAAAGCUUAUAAAAAAUUAUGGGAAUGCAUUAAACUAUCUAGCUUCCCCUUGGCUAAUAGAAAAACCAUUUUUUUUAGGAUAUUAACCGCCUUUGUAGAAAGCAAAAAAUUUUUCUUAUAAAAACGUUUAUGUGAAUAAUGCUGAUGAUAGUUAUAAUAAGAUCUCCCAGCUAAUUUUAAAUAAUAGCUUGCAUAAAUGAGCAUUAUAUUAGGCUUUAAUUUUAAAUAUAAUUUAUAUUUUAUAAAAAAAAUUAUCCUUCUUGGCAGAGAAAAGUCUUUAUCUUGCUGGCUAAAGGGAGAUUAACCAAAAAAAGCUCAUUAAAUCCUACUCCUACGAAUUAUGAAAUUUAUGAGUUUCAUUAGCAUACUUUUUUCCCUUGAAUUUCCCUUAUAGAAAAAAGAUAAAUGCUCAACGGACAGUUCCAAGGAUUAAACUAUAAAUAUUCAUGUCUGAAGAGGUGAUUUUGCAAAAUCACACCAAUCUCUUUGUAAUGCUAAAUCUUUGUGCAGCGUUUUAGAUCCAAGCAUGCAAAAUAUUCUUAAAGCAUUAGGGGUUUUCUAUUUAAAUAGGCAGUGAUAUGAUGACGCUCUAAUAUCUUUUGAAAAAAUAACAAAUUGAUGAUCUAAUCAUGAUCUGAUAUUUGCAAAGUUUGCCAUGGGAAUUGUUUAUUUUUGAAAGCUGGAUUAUCAAAAAGCAUGGGAAUUUCUAAAUGAAGCAAAAGAAAUGAUGUCUGGCUAUACUGAAAGUUAUAAAAAUUUAAUGAUAAUUAAAUAAGCUUUUAUAUAUCCUCUUCAGCUGCUACUUUUAAAAGAUGGUAAGUGGCGGAUGGUUUAGAGUAUCUGGCGAGUUUAUCCACACGACGGAUUUUUUCCCUCACCCACAAGCAAUAGACCGAAGGCUGAAAAUUGGCUCAGAUUUCUGGGCGCCUAAAAAAAGUAUGAGGUAGUCCAAAAAUAAAUAUUGGGUGCUUCCUUAGUACUCUUGAGCACUAUAGGAAUUAAGGGAGUCCAAUACGCAGAGCUAGCUUCAACAGUAUAGGUAAGUCCUAAAAGAAUACUUACACUACCAUUUUUUGGUGAUGUCGACAAGAAAAGGGCGUGGUGUGUGAAGGCAGUGCUCCAGCCACCUGAUUCUAAAGCCAGCUUGAAAGGGCUGAAAUAAUUCCUAGCUACCGCUACAACUAAACUUAACUUAAUCUAAUUUAAUCUAAUUUUCAACUGCAGGGGUUAGAGUCAAGCCUAACUUAUUUAGAGCCAUUGAAUUUCUUUAUAAUGUCUAUAUAGGGAAAAUUUUAAAAAAUUCACUUUAACCGUUAAUUUUUGCUAGAAGAGACCAGUUGUGUGGAUACUGUUUUUAAGGCUUAAAUAUACCUAAAAAUAAAAUUGUUUGUUCACAAAGGAGAGUGAAUUUUGUUUUUAACUGCCACGUAGUCUGAGCUAAAAGCAUCAAAUUUCUGUCUCACACCUCUUGCAUCAAUACUACGGCUUUAGAAGAUUCAUAAGCACUUUAUAUUUUUGAUAUUUAUAAAAAUGAGCUAUUUAUUGCAAAUGCGUACCUUGGAGAAUUAUGCUAUCUUCAAGACAAUUUAUUCCAAUUUCUCACUACUGGUAAUUAGCCAAAAAUAUCUUAUAAACAAAUUUACAAAAUUUAGGUUAUUUUUUUACCUAUAGAAUAGAAAUAUCAUGUGAAGCAGUAUAGAAGACUUAGAUAAAUACUUUUCUGAUGCAUUUGAGCUAAUUGAUUACUAUGACAUUUUAAAUAUUGAUAUGUUUCUAAAAUCCCAAAGCUUUGUCUUUAAUAAUUUUUAUAGAAAAUCUGACUAUGGAAAAUGUGAAGUUAUUUUGGUGAAAUUAAAUAAAAUAUUAGAAAAUGACAAUCAUCUGAAAUUUAGAAUGCCUUUAUAUUUUAUUCAAUGAGCAAAGUUAUAUAUAGCUUGAAAUGAAAAGGAAGAAGCAGAAGCAUGCUUGAGUCAAGCUGAAAAAUUAUUGAAUAUAGACAAAAUUUCAUUAUUUUCUAAAAAAUCUAUAAAAAUCAAUGAGCUUGAUUGUAUAAGUGACUAUAUAGAGAUUGCCAAAAUUUAUAUUUAUUUAUUUAAUAUUUCUGAUGAAAGUCUUCAGAAGGCAGAAAAAAUUUUAAAAUACGCUAAAGUGGUUGUUAGCGAAAAGAGACGAAAUGAUCAAUUUUCGAAACUCGAUAUUUAUUACUCGCUUGGUGAUCUAUAUUUUAAAAAGCAAAGAUCUAAGAAGUCAAAACGGUAUUAUAGAAAGUUAUUAGAUUUACAGAAAAAUAUUAACCAUGCUUCAAACGUAGAGAGAUGCUCAAAAUCGCUGCGCCCACCUCUCAGGACCUCAAACGAAGCGAUAUUGAAUUUCUUUUUGCCGGUUUCUCUGGAUCCCAAACGCAGUGAGAGAUCUUAA